AUGUUAAGAGAUAGUAUAUCCGCAAAGUACAAAGAUGAGAUGGAGGCAGUCGGAAAAAUCAGAAAUGAUAACACUCGCUCCAAGGCAUCAAGUUCACACUCCUCAAGAUCUGAAAUUUCGUGCGGUAAGACGUGUAACAAAACUUCAUAUACAAGUCGGUCUGGUCGAGAAAGUGCCGAUGUUUCCAGAGAGAACCAAUUGGAAGCUGGACAUUCCAGUCGGAUUUUGUCAAUUGAUGACAUCCUGAAUACUUCAGACAAAAAAGUAACAAAAGAGAGAGCUGAACGGGAUAAGAACCGCAAGCAGACCCCGUCAUCCUUACUUCUGGAACGUCACAGCCCGUACACUUUACAUGCAGGCAGACAAAGUACGAGCCCGUCCGUCAGCUCAACCAGGGCAGAUUCACCCAUCGCUAUCUCACAUUUCGGUGGGGAUGCCUGCAGAUUUUUGUUUCAAAGGCCAUCUCUUCGCCUCACUGACCUAGGACUGGCCUCUUCGGCUGUUCUUUAUCCAUCACUUCUCAAGUCACCACCAGCUUAUGGAUUCAGUGCUCUGCGACCACCUAUCCGGCGACAGAGACGAGCCAACGUGGACCGGAAGCCACGACAGGCCUACUCCACCAAGCAACUGGAGAAACUGGAAUCAGAAUUCAAGAACGACAAGUAUUUGAGCGUGAGUAAGAGAGUUGAGCUAUCCACGGCUUUGAACCUUACAGAAACACAGAUAAAAACUUGGUUCCAGAACAGAAGAACAAAGUGGAAAAAGCAGAUGACGGCAAAAAUGAAGUUUGUCCAGCGUCCGAGUUACCUGCCCUUCUACGGUCUGGGCGCUAUGGCGGUUCCGUCGUCAAACAGUUUAUACUUGGACGCCGCCAUGAUGGCACAUGCGCAAGGGAAUCCGUUCACCCAGAGCCAAUCAUUCGCUUUUCUACCAUAA